AUGAUUUUAAAUUCGCAUCUAAUGUUAUGUUGCUUAUUUAUAUACCUAAAUGCCUAAUGGUAUCAAUAAUCUGCCUAUUUGAUUCAAAAUAAAUUGUUUAUUGAAUCUACAGGUCUGGGAACAACAUAUUAAACAGAAGGUUUUAUCAAUUCAACACAACAAUUAUCUGCCAAUUUUAUUAAUUGCGCAACUCCUAAUACAAGCUAUAUUACACUAAAUUCAAAAAAUACUAGUGCUCAAAAAGAUAGCCCUUAAUUGAUUCCUAGUGGAGGUAUUAUUUCCUUUGAUUUAUAUUUCCAUGAUAAUUGGUUAAACGAAGCGGUCACUUUCACAAUUGAAUCAUUUUACUAUACUUACACCUAUACUUCUCCAACAACCUAUCCUUCAUCAAUCGGUUUUUGUAAUUCUACACCCUAUGAAGUCAAAACCAUCAAUUUUACAGUGACUUCCUAAGUUUCAGGGUAUAUUAAAUUUUCAACAAAUGUAGCAGGGAAUGGACAAGUUUCGAUAAGAAAUAUUAUUUUUUCUCAAUAUAAAAUGAAUUGUUUUCCAACUUGUUCUACAUGCACAGGACCUGAAUACAAUUAAUGCACGACCUGCUAUUAAGGAUACCCAACUCAUAACAUUUGCCCUUAAUGCCCCUUAAAUUUAUUUUAUAGGUAAAAUUAGGGUUGCAAAUAAAAUUGCCCAUUUUCCGAACAAAAAUAUGUUAAUGGGUUCUGUUAAACCUAACUUUAAUCCUAUCACAUCAGUGCUGGCUUCUGGUAGUUUGUUAUUUAAUCUAGUUCCCCACCUCCUUCUAUCUUUUCAUAAUAUUCUUUAAUUUAUGAUCCAUAAAAUAUUGAUACUAGUCCAUAAGUUGUAUAGAAUGGUCCUACUUACUUAUUUGGGAUUUUUAAAUUAAACUCAGGACCUUAUAGGUUCAUAAUUAUUUCAAGAAAUUUGAAUAAUUAUUUAAUAGGAUUGAAAAUUCAACUUUUGAUUUUUGAUAAUAUACCUUUAGGAUGUGGUGUACAAAUCAAAAUUAAUAACACUUAUUAUGGUUCAAUUUUCUCAACAAAUUCAGAAGUUUUAUCUCAUAAAUUCAAAAUAGAAGAGGUUAACAUCUAAUCUACUUGUAUUUCACCUUAUAUUAGUUGCCAGUUAUACAAAUUAUAUGGAUCUUUUGAUAUACCUCCAUACUCAUUUUUAUUAACAGUAUAAGGGAACUAUACGUAAUCUUAAUCUUUAUAAAAAACCUAGAAAUUCGGUAGCUGGAUGGGGUGUAAGCUAUAUUGA